AUGAAGCCGUACCUGCAUUUCUUGUUUUCAGCAUCUUUUCAGAAUGUAGCCAACAAUUGGAAGAAGGCCAGCUAUACUUCUGACAUAAACUCAGAACCUGAAAUUGCUGGAAAAAGGAUUCCCAAAAAGAAAACAAGUACAGAUCAUAUAUACUCAUCAGAUGAAGAGGCAGCAGAACCACCCAUUAAAAAAAGAAAAGCUGCAAACAAAACAAGUGUUCCACCUGCACCAAAACCUCCAGCCAUUCCAAAACUAAAAAAAAAAGGUCCUAUUGUGCAACCUCAGGUUUCACAGAGCAGAGCAGUAAACGCUCUCAGCAACUCAUGCGUCAAUCAGCAACAAAGGGACACGGAAGACCAACAACAGACCUGGUGUGAGAGUCUCCCCAGCUUCCAAGCUCCACUGCGUAUGUCUCAGCCAGACCAUGACGGAGACAGCUGGUGUGUUGCUCACCCUAACACACAAGAGCACACGUUUGCUGUCCUGAGACCCUCAGGGGACCACCAAGGAAGAGGCCAGACUCCAGUGGGCAUCUCUCAGGCGGACCAUCAUAGCGACAGCUGGAGUGCUCAUCCACCUGACACACAAGAGCACACCUUUACUGUCUUGAGACCCUCAGGUGACUACCAAGGAAGAACACAGACUCCAGCGGGCAUCUCUCAGGCGGACCAUCAUAGCGACAGCUGGAGUGCUCAUCCACCUGACACACAAGAGCACACCUUUUCUGUCCUGAGACCCUCAGGGGCACACCAAGGAAGAACACUGACUCCAGUGGGCGUCUUUCAGGUAGACCAUCAUGGAGACGGCUGGAGUGCUCAUCCACCUAACACACAAGGUACUUCUUGUGGGAGACAGGAAAAUCCAGUCUUGAGUACUGUAACAAAUCAAUGUACAUCUGUAGAAAGGGCAAUUCUGGAAACACUAGAGAAAAUGGACAUGAAGAUCAACCAUCUGACUUCACUGGUCCAGUCUCUAGUGGGGAACAGGCGUGUUACCUAG